ACUCCAGGUAAGGCGCCGGGACAGCCGCAUGCGCAGCGCGCCGCCGCUUUCUCUUCCGGGUUGGCGCCCGGUGCUCCCCGUGAGGAGCCGGGGCACCGCUCCGAGCGCGCCUUUCCCUGGCAGAGGGAAAGCGCGCGGAGCGGCGGCGGGGCGCUCCCGGCCCAGCCCGGCCCGGCUCGGCUCGGUUCGGCUCGGUGCCCCUGCGCUGGGUCUUCCCUGCCGCGCUGACAGCGUGUGCGCCUGCGCAGUGGGGCGGCGCCGCCGGGAGCGCGCGCGGGCGGCGGGCGGAGCUGUUCCGGCCUUUCUGAGGGAGCCGGUGGUUAAACACGUUCUGUCUUUGCGUGAUGCCCGAAGUCAUUCUGCUAGCUGAUUCCUCUCUAAAGUAGUGAAAGGAGGAAGGAAUGAAAAUUUUCUCUUAUGGCUGCUCCAGGAAAGGUGGCAGCUUUCCGUCUGCCUCCUCUGCCAACUAUUGGAGAAAUUAUUAAACUCUUUCGCCUUAAAGCACUGAAGCAGCUUUCCCAGAACUUUCUACUGGAUUUGCGAUUGACAGACAAGAUAGUGAAACAGGCUGGCGAGCUGAAAAAUGCCCAUGUUUGUGAAGUGGGCCCUGGGCCAGGAGGAAUUACCAGAUCCAUUCUCAGUGCUGGUGUUGAACAACUGCUUUUAAUUGAAAAAGAUGCUCGGUUUAUUCCAGGAUUGCAGAUGCUAUCUGAAGCAGCUCCGGGAAAAGUGCGCAUCGUUCAUGGAGAUAUCCUGACCUAUAAGAUGGAGAAGGCUUUUCCAAAGCACUUAAAAAAGGACUGGGAGGAUGAACCACCAGAUAUACAUAUCAUUGGAAAUCUACCCUUCAGUGUCUCAACUCCUCUAAUCAUCAAAUGGCUUGAGAAUGUUUCGAAAAGGGAUGGACCUUUUAUUUACGGCAGGACACAGAUGACGCUGACUUUUCAAAAGGAAGUUGGAGAGAGACUUACAGCUAAUCCAGGAAGUAACCAACGCAGCAGACUGUCCAUCAUGGCCCAACAUCUCUGCACUGUGGAAAACUGUUUUGUGAUUCCAGGUCAAGCCUUUGUUCCAAAGCCAGAGGUGGAUGUGGCUGUGGUGCAUUUCACACCGUUGGUGCAACCAAAGAUACAGCAGCCAUUUGAGCUGGUAGAAAAAGUGGUUCAAAGUGUUUUUCAGUUUAGAAGAAAAUACUGCUUCCGAGGAAUUGAGACCUUGUUUCCUGAAAAUGGACGCUUGAAAAGAACAGAACAGCUGAUGAUGACAGCAGACAUUGAUCCAACUCUGCGUCCUUUUCAGCUCUCUAUGUCACAAUUUAGAAACCUGUGCAAUGCAUACAGGAAAAUGUGUGAUGAAGACCCAAGCCUUUUUGUGUUCAACUACAGAGAAGAACUACGGCAAAAGAAAAUGACAAGAAGUACUGAUCAGCCUGAACAGACUGAAGAGGAAAAUGAGCUCUAACAGCUCAAGUCUGAUUUUUUUUUUUUUUUAAUUAGUUUUAACUCCUUGAUCUACAGGGGUUGACUCAGUAGGAGAAGGCUUAGAUGUUCCUACAUCUGUGCAGAUAUGAAAGAUCUACUUUUGAGAAAGUGGCAGCGACAGAGAGGGCAUCUCUAUUCCAUUCAGCUGCAGACAAAAGGGAAAAGGCUAUACAGGUUCUUUUUCCUUCAGGGGAAUGACUAGAACACAUACCAAGAAACAAGGUCUGUUGUGAGAACAGGUCAUUAAGUUGCAAUACUUCUGAUAUAAUUGAAUUUUGUAUGAAUUAAAGUGCUUUGUGGAAAUGGAAGAAAAAUACUUUUCAGACAUCAGCAUAGAAGAUGGUGUUUGGGGUUUUGUGCUUUUCUAUCCUGGAACAUCCUACUGUGCAAAGUAAUUUAAAAAAUAGAAGCCAAGAUUCUUAUAAAUACACUCAAGUGACUGGCUUAUGGGAGGAUAAAGUGCACCAGUUGCCUCAAGGUCUGCUAAUACUAUUCUCAUUUAUGCAGAAGCAAAGAAUUUGGGAUUUAAAGCUCCAACUACAGAAAAGCAGCACAAUAAAAAAUAGGAAACAUGGCUAAGUACAAUACUUAUUUGUCUUUUACUGUACAGGCUCAUAGAGAAAAUAAAAAAUACAGUCAAAUAAAAGA